ACUUAUAAUUCUAUAAUUAUCAUACGGCUAUUUUAUUUUAUUUUGUUGUGGCUAAAAUCGGUUUACAACAGUAGAGUUUUAAUUAGUAAGAAGAAUAAUCUACUUGUCCAGUUAUGGAAGGUUUUAUUGAAGUGAAUGAAAUAUCUGAUUUCGUUUCAUAUAUCCGCAGUAUCGAAUGGCGUGAUCCGUGGCUGAUAGCCUUACUAUCAUUUCACAUUCUGGUAACAUUUAUGUGCUUCUCUACAAGGAAUUAUGGGAACUUUCAAGUUAUGCUGUUUAUAACAUUAUUACUUCUCGUGUAUUUCUCGGAGAGUAUAAACGAGGUAGCAGCAAGGAAUUGGGCCCUGUUCUCUAGACAACAGUAUUUUGACAGCAAAGGACUGUUCAUAUCAGUGGUGUUCUCCAUCCCGAUAUUGCUGAAUUGCAUGAUUAUGGUGGGUUCAUGGCUGUACCAAUCAACGCAAAUAAUGACCAACAUCAAGAAGGCACAGUUACGGCAGCGGCUGAAAGAGCUCAACAUCAACAGAGAACAACAGAAAAACAUCAAGGCAGACUAAAUGAUAACAUACAGGUACCGAUAGGACACUAAAUGUGGCAUUCCAUUAGAGAAGGGUCCUUAUGAUUCAUGUGCAAUAACGACCUUACUAUCAGAAUUUCUGUUGGUAUUUCUGAUAAAAAGGCCUUAAUGAACUUGGAGCAUAAGAACUCUUCUGUGAUGGAAAUCCACAAAUAGGAGAUAUUUUAUCAAGCAAAAACUAGCGAGAGGAUAUCCUGGUCACGGCACCACAUUUGUUGUAAGAAUAUUGAAAAAAGUUCUUAAAAACCACUCUGGAAAAGUAUUAAGUUUUUGCAGUAGAUAGAAUAUCGGCAUUUUGCAGGGAUCGUGUGGAAAGAAAGUAUGAUAUCUUUAGUAAUCUUGAUCGAGUAUCUACUACAAACUACUACACGUUACCUUUAAAGAUCGGCCUAAAUCCCGGAAUAGUUAUUAUGUUGUAUAAGAUUGAAUAUAAUAUUCGAUCAGGUUACCAAUGAUAUCAUUUGGCGUAAAAGAGUAUAAAUAUUUUUGCCAUUAUCACUAAUUAAAUUUGGUGUAGGAAAUGUGAUCAAAAUUUGGAUAAGAAAUGUUAUACACCGUGUUUUUAUUGAAUUCCGUUAACUUCGGGGUAUGGUUAAGUACGUUUAAGAAAACUAAAUGGCAUAGUUAAUUUUGAAAAAAGAAAAAUUUUUUUGCUUUUUUUUUCAGAAAAAUUAAUAUUAAAAAGUAAUUAAAUGUAGCAUAUAGCGUUGUUGUAACACGGGCAUUAAAUUUAACUAAACCAAACAAUUGAAAUCUGUGACAUAUCAAUGUCAAUUCGAACAUCGAUCGACCGAGAUUUUACUUAAGUUUAGUAGCAAAUGUAUGAACUCAUUCUAAACACUAAUCAAUAUGUAAACCGGCCUUAAGGCAAGUGUACAAGCUUGUAGAGGCCUUAUAGGAAAAUAAUAAAAUAUUGAUUAUCUUCGAAAUGGAGUUAAUUAGAAUAUCGGUGUCUUUGGGAAAGUUACUUGAUUUAAGCUCAGGUAUGCACCCUUGAAAUUAACGGAAAUCAAAAAAAACACGGUGUAUAAAUAUUGGCGCAGGCAUUCUGUUUAAAUCAGUUUUUUCAGAGUAUUUUUUAUUAAACAAUGUACUGUCAUAAUGCAUUUCGACUCUACAUUACAUAUAAAUAUACACGACUUGAAAAAAUAAGUACGUGCUCUAUCCAGAUAUUGCUGUAACUUAUUUUACCUACUUAACGGAAUAUAGACAAAGAAAUAUCUACGGCCCGUUUGACCUUUAAUUUAUUAUGAUCAUCUAAUUAUCGACUACAUAUAAAUAUAACAUUAAACUCGUAAUGAACUUUCAUCACAUUUAGUUUUUACUAUAGAUAACAAUCAAUUUAGUGGCACCAUUUAACUUAUAAAAAGGAUUUAGUACACGCACCAUGCCAUCUAAGCUGUCAUUUCAAAUGUUUGAUUGUCGAUAAAUAACACAAAAUUAACAAGAUGGGUAGCGGCUAGUAAUCGGAAUACAUGAAAAAAUUACAAUACGAAAACAAAGUGUAUCCGACAGAUAUAGGCAGGUACUUGCACCCAAUCUCGUAAUCAAAUUGAAUCGACUAAGUGUAAGGCCUGAGUGGACACUCGAGUUGAGCGUGCAGCGGGGCGGGGCGUGCGGCGUGCAUGUUAAACAAAUGCAAACGUAUAGGAGCGGCCUUAGUGCACGCUGCUCAAAUCACUUGUGAGCCCGACGCCACGCUGCACGCCCCGCCGAACGCUCCGCUCCGAGCGUCCACUCAGGCCUUACACUAAGACUGUCCGUGUCUACUAACUUGAAGGAUUUCUGCGUUUUAUAGGGAUAAGGUUUUUUGUUUGUUUUUAAGACACAGAUGUAAAAUUACUUCGUUAGCUGCACUUAUUUCUAGCUUUAUUUAUAAGGUUUUAUUAAGUGAGUGAAUAAUAUUACAACAUAACAUUUUCAAGAUGUGUUGUUGACAUCACUUUUAUUCCUACUGCAUUUUUCCUACGCGUUUCUUGCAUUUUCUUGUACUUAAGAUAUAAAACUGUAUUUUUCUUUUCCUACAAUAAUGUGUUGUUGCCAGUAGUCUGCUGUUAGGGCGUUUUAAUAAAAAAUAACUAAAUACUUAUCUGGAUGUUAAAACGCUUGUUUAUAGUAUAUUUUUGUGCGCUCCCAUGCUUGCUCUGCAUCGGCAAAAUACAAACAAUCAUAGAGUUAAACCAAACACAAAAUGUACGGUGCUCGAACUAUGUAGUAGGUACUCUAAACCUAUAGGGUAUUUUCUGGAUCUGAACCGGGGUCAGGCGGAUUUUUUCUGUGAUUGGGAUUAUGGUUGAAAACUUGAAAAUACGACUUAUGCGCGUGAAUUUUGUGAGUGCUUUUACUAUGCCGCAUUCAUGUAAUUUUGCCGUUGUUAUAGCACGCAUGUGAUCGAUUAUUAGAUAUGAAACCUAAACUGUUGCCAUGUAUUUGUAGGUUUCGAAUGGAAAUAUACGAUUAGUAGAGGUAAAAUAAUGUUAAUUUGUAAUACAUAAAGUCGCUAGAAUAGGUUUAUUUUUAUUUGUUAUUGUGAAUGUUUUUUACAGAAUUAUUAUUUAAGAAUCUAUGUCGAAAUUGUUUGUUAUAUUACUUAUAUUACUAACUGUUGUUUUGUAUAUAUAUUUUUUUAUUUUGUCAAUUUUAGGUUUAAGUAAAUCGAUGCAGUUGUCUUUAUUUUAAAACCAAAAUUAAAGAGGACUAGACUCAAUAUGAAAAGUUAUUUUGACAUUAUGAGAAAUGCUUUAUUUUGAUAGAUGAAAAACAUAGUAAACAUUCACAAUGACUGUUUGUUUAUAUAUUUAAGUUUGUGAUAAAUUAUCUAGUGAAACUUGCGAAAGAUUGAAGUAUAUCGAUAUUAUACAUUUCGGAAAUAUUUCUUGGAAACAAAAAUUAGAGUUUUUUAUCUGAUUACAGCAUAAUUAAUUAUUUAUUUAAUAUAAUUGUGCCGACACACUGCCUCUGUCAUUGGACGAUGGGCUGAAAGAAUGAUGCUGUGAAAGAUCGUGGGUAUAGAUUUUAUUAUAUUGAAAUACAGUAAUUUUUACAAUCUACAUUGGUGGAUAUGUUGUUUAAAUGUGGACAAUAUAACAAUUUGUGCCUAUAUGUAUAUAAUAGACAAUAACUGGAUUUCUUAGAAUGUUCUCUAUUUUACCCAUUCUUAUUAUGGUAUUAUUAUUUAAAAAUAUGAGUUUAUGUAUUCUAUUUCAUUACUGUCCAUUGGAUCUCGUUUUAAUUUAUUGUUUAUUUUGCUUAGAAGAAGUAUUUUGGAAGGUCAGAUAAAGUAUAUCUAAAAUAGUGAUAUCAAAAUUACAAGAUAACUCUACCUUCGCUUUGAUUUCAAGACUAAUCAAUUUUAUACACGUCUAAUAAUUAUAGUCUAAACAUUCAAUUAUUGAUUACGUCCAUACGAUAUUUAGAUAAUAGCAUUUGCUGUAGGUAUUUGUUCCAUAUAAAAAUAUAAAUAUGUAUAUAUUCGCGUCUUAGAACUUUAACCUUAUAAGAUCAUUCAUAGAGUUUAUAUUUCUUUGAAAUUUUGAAAAUAGUUUACUUUACCCCAUUACAUCCACACUAAUUAAACCACAGCUUAGGCAGUAACUCGAAAAGUCCAAGCUGAUGGAGCCGAUGCCAUCUGUUUGGAUAAAGUAUUACAUUACAAUACAAUAUAUUAUGGUGUGAAAAUAAAACACGAAAACUUUAACUAGUACUUACCUUCCUUUGUAAAUUAUCUACAUUCUUUUUUCUUUCUUCCAUGUCGAUUGUCAGAGCCUAAAAUGAUUUAAUUUCUAAUAGCAUUUAGCAGGUAAUGAGCAAAUAUCAAGACUGAGAUGUGUGUGAUUCAUAACAUAAUUGUUACAGGCUUUAUUAUAUAAUAUAAAGCCUGACCAGUAAUAUAUGAUCAUUGUCAAGAGGGCGCUGUUAUUCUCAUGUAUAGGGUGACAGUUCAGUUUAAUAUGAAGAAAUUAGUUCCAGUGAAAUUCCGCAACAUGGCGCGUGAUCAUAUAUUACUGGUCAGGCUUUACAGGCAUUUGACACGAUCAUUACUAUGUCCAAUGACGACCUAAAGUGGUAAUCAGAAUCAGAAAGAAAUACUACAGAGUGGCCAACUUAGAGGUAUACAACUUUUUUUUGCCGCCAUUUUAUUUUGGUGGUAAAUAUGACAGUUAUUGCAUUAAAAUUAGUUUGUGUAGAUACGGCAAAAUUAUUAUGGAGCGUUUUACGACGGAACAACGUGUCACACGGCACGAGUUACAAUAGAAACAUUAAAAAUAACGUUUCCCGGUCGAUUAAUUUCGAGAAACGGUGACAUUGACUGCCCCCCAAGAUCGCCUGAUUUAACAGCUCCUGACUUUUUUCUGUGGGGCUAUCUAAAGGGACGUUUCUAUGCUAAUAGGCCAACGAACCUUCAGCAAUUAAAACAAAAUAUUCGAAACACUGUCGCUGAGAUAACGCCAGAAAUGUGUGAAAAAGUGAUGAAAAACGCGAUGAAAAGGGUUCGCAUCUGCCAUGCUGCUAGAGGUGGACAUUUGUCUGACAUUAUUUUCCAUGUGUAAUUGCUGACCCUACAUAUUAUAUUUAACAAGGAAUACUUAAUAUUAUUUAUGUUUUAUAGAAUAAAAUUUCAAAAAUAAAGUGUAUACCUCUUAUUUGGCCACCCUGUACAACUAUAAAUUUUAUUUAUAAAUAAAACAGGUCUUUUUCGUAAAAAUACAUAAAACGUUUUACCCAUGAAAACUAUAACUCACUAUAACUCUUAUUAAAAGUAUUCUGUUGCCCGCAGACGUCAAUGUACAGUCAGUGUCAUAUAGUAGGCUAUACAUAGAACUAUUUGAAUACUUUGGAUGCUACCUAUUAUAUGACGCUGACUGUACUGUAGCUAAUUAUAAAUACCACUGUAGAGGCAAUUUUCAAUGGUCCAAAGGCCUGGCCGCACCUAAGCUCGUGUGAUCCUACUUUCUCUUUAAAGGUAGAAAAUUAAAUAAAUAUUUCACAAUGCACAUUAUGAGUGAUUGAGUGCAAUUCCUUGUCCAAUAUAUCUACUGCAUGCAGAGAGCUCAUUCUGAACCUUGUCAUUUGUUUAUAAAAAGAAAAUAUGAUAGCAACAGGUCUGAACUGAAAAUGCACCCUAUACAUUUCUGGCCCCUAUUUCACCACGGUGACAGGUGCGAAAAUUGUCGACAUCACUGUUACUGACGUCACAGGCCUCCAUCGGCUACGGUAACCGCUUACCAUCGGACGGGCGGUGUGUUUGUAUGCCACCAACAUUUUAAUAAAAAAAAAACCAUUAUAUCGCCAAUAAAUAAGUACUUAUUUUGCGAAGCUAAUGACAAUUGUCACAAAAAACACGACAAUUGUCACGAAAUUCCGACACGGAACUCAUUUCCUGUCAAGAAUUACCGAAAGUUCUUUUAAAUCUUGUGACAAUUGUCAUCAUCAUCAUCAUCAUCAUCACAAACUUCGCAAGAGAAAUACCUGUUUUUUGCCAAUAUAAUAAAGUUUUUUAAAAUAAUACAAUGAUGGUGGCAAACAGGAAUACGGCCCACCCGAUGGUAAGCGGUAACUGUAGCCCAUGGAUGCCUGUGACGUCAGCAAUAGUGACAUUUGUCGAAUUGUCGCACCUGUCACCGUGGUGAAAUAGGGGCCUAUGUCUAAUGAUGUUGCCUAGUAAAAGUUCGGAAAAUCAUCGACUUUAUGUAAAGUAUUGUAUAGUAUGCGCACGAUUUUAUUAUAAGUAGGUAAAUUAAAUCCAGAGAAGUUGUAUUGUAGUAAUGCCAAAAAAUCUUAGUGGUGAUUCUCGUUAAAAAGUGUUCUGAAGUACGAGUACAAACUAAAGUAUCUACAAGUUAUGUAGGUUACAGUCAAAAACGAUAAAAAUUACAUUUAGGUCCAGUCAGCAGCAGAAGUUGCUAAGCGGGCGAGGUGUUCAAAAUUACCUUUGACGCGCUCUCAUUUUCUUAACAAUAAAGUCGCGUCAAGAUCAUUUUGAACACCCCGCCCACUUAAAUAAAUAUUAUAGGACAUUUUUACGCAAAUUGACUAAGCCCCACGGUAAGCUCAAGAAAGCUUGUGUUGUGGGUACUCAACAACGAUAUAUAUAAUAUAUAAAUGCUUAAGAAAACAACCAUGACUAAGGAACAAAUAUCUGUAUCAUCAUACAAAUAAAUGCCCUUACCAGGAUUCGCACCUGGGACCAUCGGCUUCAUAGGCAGGGUCACUACCCACUAGGCCAGACCGGUCGUCAAAGUUCACUCAAUAACUAUUGCUGCUGACUACAUUUACUUAGUUGCCUACAAAGGGCUUACGAGGUCAGAUUUAACAACGAGUUGUUUAUUUCGACGUGAAUUUUCUAUUAAUUUGCCACUCUAUCCCAUUAUUACCUGUCUAAAUCUACUAUCAUCAAAUUCUGUGUUUGAUUGAAAUAAUGUCGUGCGCAGUAGAUUGUUGGAAAGCACUUUGUUAUAGUUAGUUACUUACAGCAAAACUUGAGUGAUAAAGUAUAUUUUGCUAAGCUAAUUAGAAAUAAAUAAUAAUCGUGCCCAGUUGACGUUCGGCCUUAUGACAAUUGCAUAUUAUGUAUGCAUUUAAAAUUAAGGCUCAGAAAUAAAAAGUAGUGUCACACAGAAAUGAAUGAUUUACAACGACGAUGUACAUAUGUAAUAAUUUUUUAUUUUUAUUACAAAUCGCUACAUAUUUAAACUAGACUAGAGGUAUUUGAAAUAAUGAUUUUUAUUUACUUUAAUUUGUAUAAAUCUGUUUGCCAAGUUUUGUACAGGUACCUACAAAUUCUACAUGGUUGUUGUCGAUGGUAAAUUUUUUACCACGCCUUUAGUUCCCCUCUAUCACUAUCACGCACUUUGGACAUAGAUAAUAUGAGACUUAUAGUCUAUCUAUACGUAUCGUAUACGUGUAUCUUUACGUAUUUAAAAAAGAGUAAACAAAAUCUACCCUCAAAUGGCUUCUUAAGCCAGUUGAAGGUAGAUGAAAUCAUUACAAGAUAAAAUAAUGUAGGUUAAAGUCUGGUCGUUCAGUGACAGAUCCAGGUGGUUUUGUAUUUGGUUGGUUAAUCAAUAAAUUUGUAUACUUUUAUUUAAGUACCUAAAGAUACAGAGUAUAGAUGUCGCCAACGCCAAUGUUGUCGUGCCAUGCUUGCCUCUAUUUACCUAUAAUGAACUCGGGAUCCCCCAAGGAUGUAGGUAUUGUAGGUGCUAUUUUGGCGAUGAGCGCCCUGCAUUUGCUCUUUAACCUGUCAACGCAGUGAUCCAUCGUAUUGCAAAGAUUCAGCAAUGAUAGGUAUCAAACACAUUUUUGUUUGGCAGGCAGAUUGCAUUUUGAGUCAUUUAUUUAACUACAUAUUUCAUUCACCAGAAAAUGCUUUAACCGGCUUAUUAAUAAAAUAGUUUCUAAAAAUCCACUAUGCUUAAGGUAAAGGAUUUUUACUUAAUUUGUUUUAUGUAUGCUUUUCAAUAAAGUCAUGGAUUACA